AUGCAGUCCUUCUUCAAGGCUUCGAGGCUACACUUCAUCGGGACAUGGAAAGCUCGCUACCAAGAGAUCCUUGACUCUGUUCCUCCUCCUCCUCCUCUGCCUCCGCCCCUUGCUCAUGGAGGUCGGAUUAUCGCACAUGUCGACAUGGAUUGUUUCUUCUGCUCUGUUGGAGUCAAGGGAAGGUCAGAGCUCCAGGGCCAGCCAGUCGCAGUCUGUUGGGGUGACGCAACCAGCGAGAACGCUCAGCAUGCAGAGAUAUCAUCGGCGAACUAUGUGGCAAGAAAGUUUGGUGUCAGAGCAGGGAUGUUCAUUGGGAAAGCAAAGGAGCUCUGCCCGCAGCUGAUAACAAUCCCAUACGAGUUUGACAAGUACACAAGCACGGCAGAAACCAUGUAUCGCUGCCUCUUCGCCAUCACUCCCCAUGUGCAAGGAGUCAGUGUCGAUGAGGCAUUCGCCGACAUCACGUCUCUAGUUGCUGGAGAGAACGUUCAAAACCUCAAGGAGGUUGUCAUAGCUGUUGCAAACAGGAUACGGAAGGAAAUCCUGGAGGCGACUGGUUGUCCCGCCAGUGUUGGCUGUGCAGGAAAUCGCUUCUUGGCCAAGAUUGCAACCAGUCAAGCCAAGCCUGACGGCUCGUUCUUCAUACCCAAGGAAAACGUGUUGGAUUUUCUCGCAGAGCUGCCAGUGAGCAAAUUGCCGGGCGUGGGCUACAACACAGUCGACAAGUUGUCCAACAGGUUGGAGGUUCACUCAGUUCAAGACCUGAGAAACAGACCCAGAGCAUUCCUGCAGGAGCAAUUUGGAGAGAAGACUGGCCGUUUGUUGUUCGAGUUCAGCCGAGGCAUUGACAACCGUCCAUGGGAGAGCAGGCCGAUCAGAAAAUCUGUCGGAGCCCAGAUAACUUGGGGGGUUCGAUUCAAUGAGAUGUCGGAAGUCUUCCAAUUUAUCGAGAAGCUGUCAGCAGAGGUAUCUUCCAGAAUGCACAAGGCGAGGGUCAAGGGCAGGACCGUACAGGUGCGACCGAGCCUGAUCCUCUCUCGAGCUCAUCCGCAUCCACCCAGGUCACUCUCCUGA